AUGUCGACUUUGUACAACACUCUGAGGAACACAAGAAACAUAAUUGCUCCUCGCAUACGUGCCUUUGCUUCUCAAACAAAAACCAACGACACGCCAACACAGUUACUGUACCAAUUGAACAAAAAGAUAUCCCAUUUGAUUCGAACUGGUAGACUAACGGAUGCGAGGGCAUUGUUUGAUUCCAUUGAUCACCGAAACACAGUUACUUGGAACUCCAUGAUUACUGGAUAUGUUCAACGGAGAGAGAUAGCUAAGGCACGCCAUUUGUUUGAUGAAAUGCCCCACAAGGAUAUUGUGUCUUGGAACUUAAUUAUAUCUGGUUACUUUUCUUGCCGUGGAAGCCGGUUUGUUGAAGAAGGAAGAAAGCUAUUUGAUCAAAUGCCUCAAAGGGAUUUUGUUUCUUGGAACACUGUCAUCAGUGGUUAUGCCAAGAAUGGAAGGAUGGAUCAAGCUCUUAAGCUUUUUAACUCUAUGCCACACAGGAAUGUUGUGUCUUGCAAUGCUAUGGUAAAUGGGUUUUUGUUGAAUGGGGAUGUGUAUUCGGCUGUUGAAUUUUUUAGGACUAUGAAACAGCGUGACUCAGCUUCGCUUAGCGGUCUUAUAUCUGGACUUGUUAGGAAUGGUGAGUUGAAUAUGGCUGCUAGGAUUUUGAUUGAGUAUGGGAAUGAGGGCGAUGAGAAAGAUGAUUUGGUGUAUGCUUAUAAUACCCUGAUUGCAGGGUAUGGUCAGAGAGGAAUGGUUGAUGAGGCACGGCGUCUUUUUGAUGGGGUCAUGUCUGGUCAAGGGAGAUUUAGGAGAAAUGUGGUAUCGUGGAAUUCGAUGAUGAUGUGUUACGUGAAAGCAGGAGAUGUUGUCUCUGCUAGGGAACUCUUUGAUAGGAUGAUGGAGCGGGAUGCUUGUUCUUGGAACACCAUGAUCAGUGGUUAUGUUCAAGUAUGUAAUAUGGAAGAGGCUUCAAAGCUUUUCUUGUUAAUGCCGAGUCCUGAUGAACUUUCAUGGAAUUCGAUAAUAUCCGGGUUUGCGCAGAUUGGUGAUUUGAUACGUGUGAAAGAGUUCUUUGAGAAGAUGCCCCACAAAAACCUGAUCUCGUGGAACUCGGUAAUAGCUGGUUAUGAGAAAAAUGAAGAGUAUAAGGGUGCUAUUGAACUAUUUUCUCAGAUGCAGCUUGAAGGAGAGAGACCAGACAGGCACACUUUGUCAUCAGUUCUCAGUGCAUCUACUGGGUUGGUUGAUCUUUAUCUCGGUAGGCAGAUUCAUCAGUUUAUCACAAAGACUGUUAUUCCUGAUUUGCCAAUAAAUAAUUCCCUCAUUACCAUGUACUCAAGAUGUGGGACAAUUGGUGAUGCACGCGCUGUGUUUAAUGAGAUGAAACUUUAUAAAGAUGUGAUUACUUGGAAUGCAAUGAUUGGAGGUUAUGCUUUUCACGGUUUUGCUGCACAGGCUCUAGAGCUUUUCGAACUGAUGAAGAGGCUUAAAAUUCAACCUACCUAUAUAACCUUUAUUUCAGUUUUGAAUGCAUGUGCGCACGCAGGAUUGGUUGAAGAAGGGAAAAGGCAGUUCAAUUCCAUGAUUGGUGACUAUGGUAUUGAACCGCGGGUUGAACACUUUGCCUCCCUUGUGGACAUCUUGGGGAGGCAGGGACAGCUUCAAGAAGCUAUGGAUUUGAUUGAUAGCAUGCCGAUGAAACCGGAUAAGGCUGUGUGGGGUGCGCUUCUAGGGGCUUGUAGAGUGCAUAAUAAUGUAGAAUUGGCCCAAAUAGCAGCUAAAACAUUGAUCAGUCUUGAACCAGAAAGUUCAGCUCCUUAUGCGUUGUUAUUUAAUAUAUAUGCUGAUUUAGGGCAGUGGGAUGAUGCUGAGAGAGUGAGAGUAUUGAUGGAAGAAAAUAAUGUCAAGAAGCAAGCAGGGUAUAGUUGGGUAGAUUCUAACAAUCAUUAA